UGCAUCUAACGUUUUCAUUAGGAAACUGGGCGCAACCAAGUCAACGAGGGAAGGAUUAGAGAGCAAGAGAGCGAACGCAGGGCAAAGAGGGGGAGAAGAAAGCUUCUUGUUUUCAGUCUGGUUCUGAAUUAGAGGAGAUUUGGGGGCUCUCUCUCUCUUUCUCUCACUCUCUGUUUCUUUCAUUUCUCUCACACACUCUCUGUACCAGCUGCUUGCCAGGUUUCACCAUGACCUGCCCCUCCACCUCCUCAUUUGGACUCAUCUUACUUCUGAUUGGCUACGCUGCAGCAGGACCUGAGCCUGACCUGCAGCCUCGAGCGGUGCGUUCAAGUGCCUGUCAAGAGCACAUGAACCUUCACGACCGCCUGGAUGUAGUGGAGAAGAAAGUAGAGGACACAGUUGAGAAGUUGGAGGUUGAGCUGGCUGCUCUUCUGGAUGCCAUUGAAGAUCCAAAGUGGCGCCCCCUGAUGGACAAUACAGGAAGGACAGCUGUGGAUAUCCUGGAAGUCCCAGGGCAGAGGGGCCAGUCGUAAACUAACCAGACAUCCAUGCAAGAAGGACUCAAGAAGAACUUUGAAGGAUUAAAUCGGUUUCCAUGACUUAAAUGCAAAACAUUUAAAAAAACUGUGUAUAUGCAUAUAUUGUUUUUGUAUAUCAAAAUAAAUGUUUUAUAUCUUAAAAAAA